AUGAAAACCACCAGCACUUCUGAGCUCAGCCAAUCAGAGCGGGAGGGCGGGGCCUGGAGUUCAGGAACAGCCCCGCCCCCAGCCUCUCCGUGCAGUUCUCCUCCAGGUCCGCCCAUGCUCCAUAUAAAGGAGGGCUCUGGGCUGAGCAGUCACUGCUUUCUGCUCACACCUAGAAGAUGUCUGGUCGCGGUAAAGGAGGGAAAGGGCUCGGGAAAGGCGGCGCCAAGCGGCACAGGAAGGUGCUCCGCGAUAACAUCCAGGGCAUCACCAAGCCUGCCAUCCGCCGUCUAGCUCGCAGGGGAGGCGUCAAGCGCAUCUCCGGCCUCAUCUAUGAGGAGACCCGCGGGGUGCUGAAAGUCUUCCUGGAGAACGUCAUCCGGGACGCCGUCACCUACACCGAGCACGCCAAGAGGAAGACCGUCACCGCCAUGGACGUGGUCUACGCGCUCAAGCGCCAGGGCCGCACUCUCUACGGCUUCGGGGGUUAAUGCUGCCUCCGUCCUCACAGCACAAAGGCUCUUCUCAGAGCCGCCCACAUCUUCCCGGGGAGAAGCUACAAUUCCUUCUGCGCUCAGCCACUGAGGGGUUAACACCGCCCGCAUAUCCGGGGACGGCGAGCGGACAAUUGGCCGAGAUCAGCGGCGCCCUGUGCUCAGUACAGCCGGAGGUCCACAAUACAGAAAGCCCCAGUAAUGUAAAUCCCGAGCCCCGGGUGUUCUCCACCGCUCCUGUCCCCGCAGCUACAAGACGAGCUCUGCUCGGAGACUGAGGGGUUAAUCCGAGCUGCAGAGACAAUGACGCCAAUGAGCGGCGCUGAUACGGGUCACAUGACCGGCUCCUCCUGUAGAUUAGCAGCUCGGCGGGAAAUUCAAAUGAGCCAAUGAGCGACGAGAUGCUGAACACCCCCAGCAAAUAGGAGCAGAGCUCUGGAUCCCUCAGCCGUUAUGUGCCC